AGAGCUUGAUGCGGGCUCGAUCCCAGGACUCUGGGAUCAUGACCUGAGCCGAAGGCAGACGCUUAGCCGACUGAGCCACUCAAGUGCUCCAUCCCUUGAGUUUUUGAGGUGAAACCAAAAACACUUCCUGUGAGCCAAGCAUGGGGAUAUUGUGCCAGUUCUAUUAUGGAAUAUCUCUGUGUGGCCCUGAAACCGGGCUAAGUGUGACUUGUAAGUUAAUGAUUACCCUAGCAGUUGAUUAAACUAGUUGGUUUCACUAGACUGCAAGCAGUUCACCUGCAGAGGAGUCUCCAAAAAGCAACAUGUUCCCUUUGCUCUUUGGGGCUGGGCUGGUGGUUCUGAACCUAGUGACUUCUGCUAGGAGCCAGAAGACAGAACCCCUUAGUGGCUCUGGGGACCAGCUGCUCUUCCAUGGAGCAGAUCGAUCUGACUUUGCCAUCAUGAUCCCUCCAGCAGGCACAGAAUGCUUCUGGCAAUUUGCCCACCAGAAUGGAUAUUUCUAUUUCAGUUAUGAGGUGCAGCGGACACUGGGAAUGUCACAUGACCGACAUGUUGCUGCCACUGCACACACCCCACAGGGUUUCCUCAUAGACUCCUCUCAGAAUGUUCGAGGCCAGAUAAACUUCUCUACCAAAGAGACAGGUUUUUAUCAGCUUUGUCUAAAAAAUCAGCAAAAUCACUUUGGUUCUGUGCAAGUGUACCUCAAUUUUGGAGUCUUCUAUGAGGGGCCUGAGAUGGACCACAAACAGAAGAAUGAAAGAAAACAACUGAAUGAUACUCUGGAUGCCAUUGAGGAGAGUACACGGAAGGUGCAGAACAAUAUCUUCCACAUGUGGCGAUACUACAACUUUGCCCGUAUGAGGAAAAUGGCUGACUUUUUCCUUCUCCAAUCAAACUAUAACUAUGUGAACUGGUGGUCAACAGCUCAGAGCCUUGUUAUUAUUCUUUCUGGAAUCCUGCAGCUGUAUUUCUUGAAGCGUCUCUUCAAUGUCCCAAAGACUACAGACACGAAAAAGCCAAGAUGCUAAGCCAAAAUGACUACAGCAGCCUAUCUCUCUUCUUCUGGGGCAGAAGCUCUGUCAAAGUUUUGGUCAAAUAAGCUUUGUAGAUUACUGGAAAAAAUCAAUUUAUCUUGUUCGAACAUCUUAGUCUAUUGCUUUCCUUUCCUCUCCAGUUGCCUCAAAAUGGCAAUAAAAUAAUAAAUGUGCAAGUUUUGAUAUUAGCUAUUACUAAA